AUGCCAAAAGCCUUAAUUAGUGAUAGGGGUAGUCAUUUUGCUAAUGCUCAAUUAGAGAAAGUGCUUAAAAGAUAUGGAGUUAACCAUAGAUUUUCGACAGCUUACCACCCUCAAACUAGUGGACAAGUAGAGAAUACAAAUAGAGCACUUAAGAGAAUCUUAGAGAAGAUGGUUACCGAUAACCCAACAAAUUGGGCACUUAGGUUAGACGAUGCACUUUGGGCAUUUAGGACAACAUAUAAGACACCGAUAGGAACAACAACAUAUAAGUUAGUUUAUGGCAAAACUUGUCAUUUGCCAUUAGAGAUAGAACAUAAGGCUUAUUGGGCACUUAAGAACCUUGAUCUUGAUAUGUUUGAGGCAGGAGAUAGGAGACUUUUACAGCUUCACGAAUUAGAUGAAACUAGGUGGAUGGCUUAUGAAAAUUUGAAGUUGUAUAAAGAAAGGACAAAAGCUUGGCAUGACAAGAGAAUAAAGGCUAAAAGGUUUGAGGAAGAUUUAGUGUUACUUUUCAAUUCUAGGUUCAAACUUAAAUCACCUAAGUUCAAACCAAAAUGGUCAGGGCCAUACUUAUUACUUAGAGUAUAUUCUUCAGGUUACGUAGAAUUAAGGGCUAAAAAUGGAGAUAGUUUUAUAGUUAUUGGACAAAGAGUUAAGGUAUAUAACCAAGAGGUAGGAGAAAGGGAAGUCGACCCACGGGACGAGUUCACUUUCAAAAUGACUUAA